GCUUUACUGCUGGGUGCACGUGUCAACGUUGCCAGCGGAACGUCACAUUCCUGCAUUCCCUUUUCCUUUAGUGUGAGACGGCGGAGUUGCCACAGGACAACUAAUCUUCAUCCUCCCUCCUUUUCCUUUGGACAAACACACUCAUGACACGGCGGUUUUGAUCUUACAGUGUGAUCCAGGAUUCUACGGCGGUUAGAAUCUCACUUUGGGUCACCUUUCUCCCUCCUUCUUCCUCCUCCCUUCCUCCCUCCUGCCAUCUCUGCGGCGGUUGCCAUGGAGAACUCUUCGGUGGCGUCUGCAUCGUCUGAGGCAGGAAGCACCCGCUCGCAGGAAAUAGAGGAGCUGGAGCGUUUCAUCGACAGCUAUGUCCUGGAGUACCAGGUGCAGGGCAUUCUGGGAGACAAGCCAGAUGGAGACGUGGAGUUGGACAAUGAUGGCAAAGAACCGCAGUGGACAGAUGACUGCAUCAACCAGAGAGAUGGUAGUUGGACGUCAUCUCAAGGGAGAGGCUCCUCUAAACGUGAUGAGUGGGAACACAGCAGUAACGGCAGUACCGGCUCCAGACCCAGUUCAGGCUCCCGACCAGGAUCCGGCUCCCGCUCUGGCAGCACAGGCCGAAACAACCAACUUAAAGGAUCUCCCAAGAAUGGGAACCGGGAUGUCUCCUUUGACAUCUUGGGGACAGACAUAUGGGCUGCAAACACAAUGGACUCACAUGGAGGUGCGGGCUGGGACGUACAGCCAGAAAAAUUGGAUUUUAGUCAUUUCCACAGGAAACACUUCAGAGGAAUGCCAAAGCAACUGCCUCACAUUGACAGAGAGGGCAUGAACAAGAACAAGUUUGCAGAGGAUGAUGGGAUAGACAUGAAUGACUUGGAGAGGUUCUUACCCCAUCUGCGCUCUGUCUUCCCACCCCUUCCUAAUGAGGCCGAGAUAGCACACACCAAAAAGCUCUUCCGACGCAGGAGAAACGACCGACGAACAUGCGAUCACUUCACCCGAGAGCAGUUAACCAUACUUCUGCCCACUGGCCCCGGGGAGAAACGGCGAGUCUCAGCCAGGAGGCAGCAGCGACCCCAGAGUGGUGGAGGAGGAGGAGGAGGAGUGGGAGGAGGAGGAGGAGGGGGGAAGAACCAGCCUCAGCAGAUACAGCAACAGUCUCCACAGCAACACUGGGAUCAAACUCAACAGCAGCCCCCAAACCAGCAAGAGUUGAAUUUACCAGAUCAGGGAGAUUACAGAAACCACAAUGCUGGUCGACCACCUCGCCAGCACCAAGGAGGACAUGUUGGACCUCGCCAAGGAGGACCUCCGCAUCACGGCUACAGCCACAACCGCCGCUGGCACCACAAUCAGAGGGGUCAGGGCCAUGAACAGACACUCGCUGCAGGUGAUAAAGAAGCAUCCCUAAAAACUACCAAAGACAAACAGACUGAGAUUGUAAGAGUGAGUGAUGAGCACAUGCCACCAUCGCAAGCCUUCAACCAUAGGAGUCCCAAUGAAUCGCCCAAUUCAGCUCCCUCUCCUAGUGCGACGGCCCACUCAGACCCAACAGUUAACAAGGAAUCCCUCAGCAUGCUGCCAAGUAGAAAAGUGAGCGAUGGCCACGCAGAGCAGCCAAGAGUCAGUCUUCUGCAGUCGUCUAAGGAGAGGCUGAGGAGGAGACUAAAAGACAAGGACGAGGUUAAUGUGGAGGAGUCUCAGUUGGGACCUCAGAACAUGGACCGACUGGUGGACCUCCUCAACAGCAUGAGGAGCAACAGCAGUGGCGUGGAGAAGCAGCUGGCCUCUUUCAUGGAGGAGGCACAGAGCUCGGCGCAGUCCGAGGAGUCGCUGGCUCAGGUGGUCGGAGCCAUCUACGCCAAGGCCGUGUCCGACCGAAGCUUCGCCGCAACGGCCGCCAAGCUCUGCGACAAGAUGGCGCUGUUCAUGGUGGAGGGAACUAAGUUUAGAUCGCUCCUCCUCAACGCGCUGCAGAGAGACUUCUCCCGCCGCGAGGAGCUGCAGCAGACCGACGUGGAGCGGUGGUUGGGGUUCAACACCUUCCUGUGCGAGGUGUUCUGCACCAUGAGGAGCAGCUCCGGCCAGCCGUUCAGGGUGCUGGUGUGCCCCAUCUACACCUGUUUACGAGAGCUGCUUGAGUCAACAGAUGUUAAAGAAGAUGCCGUCCUUUGUUGCUCCUUGGAGCUGCAGAGCACCGGGCGUCUGCUGGAGGAGCAGCUCCCCGAGAUGAUGACGGAGCUCCUAGCAGCCGUCAGGGACAAGAUGCUGUGUCCGACCGAGUCGCAGCUGACCCGCUCCCUGCUCAUGGAGGUCAUCGAGCUGCACGCACAUCGCUGGAGCCCCCUGGAAGCGAUCACCACCCAGUACUACAAUCGCACCAUCCAGAAGCUCACCACGACAGCCUAGCGGCAGCUUCUUCCCAAUUGGAGGACACGAGUCCCGCUGACGCCCAAAGUCUAAUUAAAAUAUUGCUGUGUAUCACUCCCUGCCUGGACGACUAACUGCUAUUUGCUGCUGCUGAUCUUGACAUUCGAUGACCCAGGUAGAUGAAGACAAAAAAAAGAAACCCACGAUAAAGCUUCCUAACAUCCAGACUAAGUGUCGUGUGGCCAGUAGGGGCGUGCUUGGCCACACAGAGUUGGGGUGCUCACUGGGCUUUGAGUGGUGCAGAGAUUAAAAGGAGAAGGGGGAGGAGAGGGCAGCAGCCUGUCCAUGGGGAAUGGAGAGAUCUGCACCCAAAGAUGAAUGGAUCGGGGUGGGGUGGGGAGGUCAGGGUGGUCUGUGUCAGACUCUUCAUUGUGUUCGUUUGCCAAGCCUCUUUCUCCUCCAUCCCCUCUGUCUCUCCGUCAGCCCCUGGGGUCUCAGUGGCUGACGGGGAAGGCGGCAGGGAGCAGACACGGUGCUGUCUGUCUGGGCCGUCUGCCCCGCCAGGGUGGGGAACCGGGUCAAAGGGUCUUGCGGGGGAGCUCCCCAGCCCUCUGCUACAUCUCCCCACAGCAGGAGCCCCCUUUUGGAGGGGGACGAGACAGCAGGCCUCCUGGGCUGGGGAUAAUGCUUAGGCUGGCUGAAGUAGGGUGGCAGAUGGCUGCUCGAGCCCCCGCAAGGCGACGCACUCCGAACAUACCCCACUGGCACCCCGACUCCCCGCUCCACCAUUAAGGCAGCGGAGACUCUACAGUGGUGAUGGGGAAAGAGAGCAGGGGGGGAAAAUCAGAAAAUUAAAGCAGACGGUGCUGUCUGAUCAUUUCUUUGUUUGUUUUUUUUUUUUCUGUCUUGCGGGGGAAUGUCUCUGCUCCAUUAUACAGUUUGUGUCCAUGCUUUAUUUACCGCAUCAUUGAUAUUUUGUUAUACAUUUUUAAUCAUGUAUUGUUUUUAUCACUGAUGUCUGGUUUUUAUGCUAAGAUGUGCGUAUGAGAUCUCAUAGCGGUAGGCUUUAUUGCACAGCUUUGAUUUGUUUUGCACUGUUUCAAAGCAAUUUGCUUCAAAAUUUUAAAGAAACAUAAGGAAAAGAAAAGGUAUAAUUUGAGGCUGUUCUUGUGGAUUAAUAUUAAACGUUGGUAGUAAAAGAAGUGGGUUGAGCAGAGUGAGGGAGUUUAGGUUAUUCUAAUUGCCUAGUGGCCUUUCUUAAAUAGGACCUCUCUUGUUUUCUGGGUUUGUGGCAGACCGCAUGCUGACUAGUUGGACUUGAUCUAAAGCAUUUCUUUGCAGAAGGAAAAAAAAAUGUGAGGAAAAUGACAAAAGCAUGGCUCCAGCCAUUCUUUCCAAUGGACAUUUUGCCAGUGUUUCAUAUGAACUCUGUUGGAUCUUGCUUAGGUUUUUCAAAUAACUAUUAAUCUGUGUAUUUAAAAGUCACCAUGAUGAUAAGAGAAGAUAUUAUUGUUUGAAUGAUCUUGCCCUUUGUGACCUUUGUUCCAAGCUAAUGUUUGUAGUAUAAGAUUGAUGUAUCAAGCCAAACAUGUAUCAUGUUGAAACGGGCUUUAUGUAUAAUCUGCAUAAAGGGCGUUAGGUAUUUAACUAUAAUGAAAUAGAGGAAAAUACUGGAGUGGAGCUGUUACACUGAAAAAGAUGUCAAAGUAUUACCCUCUACACCAACUCUGCUUGGGAGUUGUCUUUUGUAAACAUACACACGUGCAUUCAGUUGAAGUCAGAAAUAUACAACCCCCUUUCAACACCUGAUGCCACAGUGAUGAUUUGCUUGAAGGCUGAUGACAGCGCCACUGGAAUAAUCAGACCAAAGAACCAGUGGUCAUAUCCAGAUUCCUCCUCACCUGUUCUACUCACAUUUGAUCGCCCGUGUGGUCGAGCGUUGAGUUUGUCUCGGAUUCUGGCCUUGAAGUUUUUGUUUUGUCAGUGUGCAUCCUUUAAUUGCCACUGAAACUCUUCAUCUUACAGUCACACAGGGUUUGCACCAGUUGUUCUAACCAAGUUGCCAAGGACCUUUGAUAAAAUGUUGGGCUCCCUUUCACAGCCAGAAAGUUAUUUGCUCCCAAUUGUGUCUCUUCGUGUUUUUCACUUUUUUUUUUUUUAAAUCUUCUAUCCAAGGCCCUUUAGACGGGAUGAAAUACUCUUUCACUCAGCUUUUACGUAAGCUUCUUUGCCUUUCUCAUGAGUGCAAAGUCACCUUGAACACCCAGAUGGAUGCAUCACAGCUGAAGCAAAUGAAGAACCAUGAUAUAGAUCCCAAAGAGUUAAUUAUGGUAACUUCGUCAGACAGUUUAAACCUUAUUAUUGUGACAUGGUUAUACCAACUAAAUAUGCUGCACACAAAUGCUAAAUUAUGCAUUUUCUGUGUUGACUGUGUGGCAUUUGCUACAUAGAGAAUCAUUCAGAACAGAAUCUGGCUCUGUGAUGCAUCCUGAAAAUCUCUAAAGGGGUUGAAUAUUUCUGAUGGCAACAGUAGAUUAAAGUUUCCCACUACAUUUGUGGGCAGUUGUU